CAAGCACAAUCUGUUUGUAACUAUUCGUUUUAACGACACGUUAAAUUUGAACGCAGCACACCAUACGAAAUCUAUUCAACCACCUGGCGAUGAGAGGGGCAAUGGUUCAUGAAGAGUUUUGGAUACACAGAGAGUGGCUGGUCCACCAGGGACAUCAUCAGGCACUGGAGCAUAGAUAACACCUCCAAACUGAUAAACCAUGAUCCCCAUCACUGAGCUGCGGUACUUUGUGGACACUCAGCCGGCAUACCGCAUCCUGAAACCAUGGUGGGACGUGUUCACCGACUACAUCUCCAUCGUCAUGCUCAUGAUUUCUGUGUUUGGAGGGACGCUGCAGGUCACGCAGGACAAGAUGAUCUGCCUGCCCUGCAAGUGGGUGGUCAAUGAGACCUGCAAGAAGAACUUUAGCUCCACCAUCCCCACAUCGUUGUUCUUGGAGCCCAAAGGAAUCCAGUAUGAUCUGGAUCGCCACCAGUACAACUAUGUCGAUGCUGUAUGCUAUGAAAAUAGAUUGCACUGGUUUGCCAAGUAUUUCCCUUACCUAGUAUUACUCCACACCCUUAUUUUCCUAGCUUGCAGCAACUUUUGGUUCAAGUUUCCUCGGACUAGCUCCAAACUCGAGCACUUUGUAUCCAUCUUGCUGAAGUGCUUUGACUCUCCCUGGACUACCAGGGCGCUAUCAGAAACGGUGGUUGAAGAAAGUGAUCCAAAACCCAUGAAAAUGAACGGCUCAAUGGACCACAAGGAGUCUGUUAUCAGCGAGGAUGUAGAAGCAAGUGUUCCUAUGCUUCAAAGGACAAAGACACGCUUUGAGCAAGGCAUUGUGGAUAGAACAGAAACUGGAGUUUUGGACAAGAAAGAGGGUGAACAGGCAAAAGCUCUGUUUGAAAAAGUAAAGAAGUUCCGUAUACACGUGGAAGAAGGAGACAUCGUGUACAGACUGUACAUCCGUCAGACUAUUAUCAAAGUUAUCAAGUUUAUUUUGAUAAUCUGUUACACAGGGUAUUAUGUGCACGAUAUUAAAUUCAGUGUUGACUGUUCUGUAAAUAUUGAGAGCCUGACCGGUUACAGCGUAUAUCGUUGUGCUCACCCACUAGCUACACUUUUUAAAAUCUUAGCCUGUUUCUACAUUAGUUUAGUGGUGGUGUAUGGUUUGAUCUGCAUGUACACACUUUGCUGGAUGCUUCGGCGCUCUCUGAAGAGGUACUCCUUUGAGUCCAUUCGGGAAGAGAGCAGCUACAGCGACAUCCCUGAUGUGAAGAACGACUUUGCAUUCAUGUUGCACAUGAUAGAUCAGUAUGACCCUCUGUACUCUAAACGCUUUGCCGUGUUCCUCUCAGAAGUAAGCGAAAAUAAGCUGAGGCAGCUCAACCUCAACAACGAGUGGACAUUGGACAAGCUCAGGCAGAGGAUAACAAAGAACUCUCAGGAGAAGUUGGAGUUGCACCUUUUCAUGCUGAGCGGCAUUCCAGAUACAGUGUUUGACCUGAUGGAGCUGGAGGUUCUUAAACUGGAGCUGAUCCCAGAUGUUACUAUUCCCCCUAUCAUCGCCCAGCUGGUCAACCUGCGCGAGAUGUGGCUCUAUCACACUCCAGCCAAAAUCGAAGCUCCCGCUUUGGCUUUUCUGCGCGAGAACUUGAAAUCUCUGCACAUAAAGUUCACUGACAUCAAAGAAAUUCCUUUAUGGAUCUACAGCCUGAAGAAUCUCAGUGAGCUUCACCUGACCGGGAAUCUCAGUGCUGAGAACAACCGUUACAUUGUCAUCGACGGACUCCGGGAGCUCAAGAGGCUCAAAGUUCUUCGCCUGAAGAGCAAUCUCACCAAGCUACCUCAAGUGGUGACAGAUGUGGGCAUGCACCUGCAGAAGCUUUCCAUCAAUAAUGAAGGCACCAAGCUGAUGGUGCUGAAUAGCCUGAAGAAGAUGGUGAACCUGACAGAACUAGAGCUCAUUCGCUGUGAUCUGGAGCGCAUACCGCACUCGAUCUUCAGUUUGCACAACUUGCAGGAGAUCGAUCUGAAGGACAACAACCUGAAGACGAUUGAGGAGAUCAUCAGCUUUCAGCACCUUCAUCGGCUGGUCUGCCUUAAGCUCUGGUACAACCAGAUCGCCUACAUUCCCAUUCAGAUUGGCACCCUGACAAACCUGGAGAAGCUGUACCUGAACAGGAACAAGAUCGAAAAGAUCCCCAGCCAGUUGUUUUAUUGCCGCAAGCUGCGCAUCUUGGACCUGAGCCAUAACAACUUAACCUAUAUUCCGACUGACAUUGGCUUCCUCCAGAACCUUCAGUACCUGGCAGUGACGGCCAACAGGAUCGAGAGCCUGCCUAACGAGCUGUUUCAGUGCAAGAAGCUUCGCACUUUGAACUUGGGGAACAAUUGCCUGCAGUCUCUGCCAUCACGGUUUGGAGAGCUGACUGCGCUGACACAACUAGAGCUGAGAGGAAACCGUCUGGAGUGUCUGCCUGUGGAGCUGGGAGAGUGCAGACAGCUCAAGAGAACUGGUCUUGUUGUGGAGGAGGACCUGUUCAACACGCUGCCCACCGAGGUUAAAGAACAGUUGUGGAAAGCUGACAAAGAGCAAGUUUGAACUGGUCUAUAUCUGUGAGUGAAAACAGAUUGUGACCACCUGGGCCUGGACACAAGAGGAACUCCCCAUGAGUGCCCCAGAGGCCUCGUUGAAGCAGGCGGGAGUCUUGCUGCAGUGUCCUGCCAGUAAGGUUGGGUAUUGACAACCAGUGCCAGUUCCAUAGAACCAAAACACUGAUUCUGGCAGCUCCUGGUUGUUCUCUUAGUCCAUUUGAUAUUGUUAUUCCUUUACAAACAACUUCUCAGGCCUUUACAUUAUAACCCAGUAAUGAUGCUUUUUAGCAAUAAUGUAGCAGUGCCAUUGUGAUCAAAAAAAUCAUGUGUUUACAUUUUAUGCUUCUUAAUUAUGGUUUAGAAGUCAAAGUAUGCAAAACUAUGGGCCAGCUUUUGCUAAAAAAAAAAAAAACAGAAUAGACUACUGUUCAACACUAAAAACAGCAGGUUGGUGUCUAAUUAAGAUUUAAUAGCUAAUUAAAAUAUUCUUUCUACGACUGUUGGUUUGAAGGAACAAAUUAGAGAGCAAAAAGCCUCCCCCUCUUUAUUUCUGUCUACAGAUAAUAAUCAAACUGUAGCCAUCACUGAUUCCAGUUGAGCUGUUAUCAAACACCAACUUGUCUCAUAACAUGAGGAUUAAUUAGGAAAUCAGGAGAAGUAAGACAGCAGACUCUUUUUUUUUUUUUUUUUUUUUUUUGGAACAGUGAAGCAGAAGUUCUGUCACAGCAUUUGACAAUUCAUCUGAUUGGAUCAUCAGAUGUUAUAUUUAUAUAUAGGGAAUGACCAGUCACAACCACACUAUACCGUGAAGUUAGCGAUCCUGUAACCUGAGCCACUAUCCAGUGAGUCAGGACAGAGGCUGCCACUUGGCUUUUGACACUCCGUUAAUAUUUGUUGUCCAGCGAUGACACGAGGUAAAUUAAAACUCUGCUGGUCGUUCUUUUCCUGCUCCGGAGCGAUGACCUUCGGAUACCUUUCAGAGCUCGGCUUGACACCGAUUCGAAAAAUCUUGAAAGCAUGACGUGAAUUCACAAAUCAGGGCUCGCUAAUGACCGGCCAUGUCAAGGAAGGUGACGACAAGACCGUUAGCGGCGCGAGUGCUGAGAUGUGCGACACUUGCCGAGAAAGUGUGAUCCCAGCGCGGAGCUGACAGAGUGGUGGAGGGAUUAUCGGCUCUUUCUGGGGGAGGAAAGAUGUGUGUUUGACCCGGCACUCGAGGAAAAGCAAUUAUUCUACUGAACGCUACUCACUGGACCAGCAUUACAAUUACAUUAGUGAAGCAUCCCAUCAGGAUAGCCGACCCUUACUGCAACUAUACUUUUCAGUGGCAGUCGAGCAAAAUCUAUUAAAUGGCAACGCUGCGUUUAUAUAUAUAUAUAUAUAUAUAAUUUUAUUUUCUUUGCAACGAAUUGCACAAAACAAAAUGAGCAAAUCUGAGGAAAAUGCAGAAAAGGUUUUGGAUGAGAUGUCGGAAGAAUCCAGAUGAAGGUUAUAUAGAAUAACACAGUGCUGACAAUAUAAUGGAGUCUCCAAAUAUUGGUAAUAUGUCUGAAUUAAAUGUAGAUGCUUCGCUGAAACACUAGAUUGGUUUAUUGGAUUUUAUUCACGCUGCGGUGGAUAUUAAAGGAGCUACUCUACAAAUAAGUAAAAGACAAGAUAUGCCCUCAAAUCCCUUUUCUUAACACUUGGCCUUGAGUUUAUUUAAGUUUAUUAUCGCAUUCUAAUUAGAUUUUUCUACCUUAUUAGGGUAGUUAUUCUGUUCCUUUAAUCUUACUGAACUGCAUUACCCAGAAUACCGUGCAGUGUUUAGUACAGAUGUUCCCUCUUUAUGGUGAAUAUUUAAAUUGCUGCACAUUAAAUUGAGGGGAAUAUUUAAUUGAAUUUUUGCUGGUAUAAAAGAACAAUAAUGGCCACUUUUUGAAAAGCUAAUAGAGGUGAAAUUUGAAUACUUUUGCAAAAAACAAACAAACAAACAAGCUACAUUCCAUUUAAUGAUAAGAAAGAAAAUGUCAAUCCUGGAAAUAAUUUUGUUCCUAGAAAGAUUUUGGGGUGUCAUUAUUUUUUCUGUCAGAUUAGUUGCCUUAAUUUUAUUUUUUCCUUCUUCUUGUGGUGGGUUGUUUGUGUUACUUUUGUUGUAGCAUUUAUGGGGAUGAACAUUAAUCAUUGUAGUCCUGGCCUAUAUUUUGAUGCAAUUACUUGUCUGUCAAGAUGCACUACUCAGCCCCGAAUGACAACACGAGCAUCAGGACAGGUUGUUUUUUUUUAUUCAUGUCGUUCCAAGUGAUAAAUGAGGCGGUCUCUUCUGUUGUAACCUCACCUUGUGACAUUAGCUGUGUUCAUUUUAUUUUACGUAGGGCUACCCGAUGGCAGGUUUAGUUCUCUUGCUGCUGACAACAACUACAGCAUGAAGUCAGAAGGGAGUAAAAGGUGCACCAGAUUCUUGGGUUUUUAGAGCUUAAUUAUUGAAGAUACACAAACUUAUUUUUGGAAUGAAAGUAGAGCAUUUUUAUUCAUUGAUUUUUUUUUUCUUUGUUUUUGUGUUUCUUUUAGUACCAGAUGCACCUCAUGCAAAAAUCUGUCCUUUCCAGGAUAUUAAAAAAAAAAAAAAAAAACAUCAAAGAUUGAAAUGUUUUUUGUUAGAAAACAAAAUCAAAGCCAGAAUUACAAAUUAAUACAUUGUGACGCCCUUAUUUUGAUUCACCAAACAAAUGUUUGAAACGAUUAAAACUUCCUGCGUCAAAGCCUCAAACUGUCUCAAAAUCAGACGUUUUUAUUUUUAGCAUUUUUGAUUUCACUGUUGUUAUUUUCCCUUAAAAACAUUUUCAUCAGUAGUGAAAAGUUUUUUCCUGAGAGCGACUCUUCAGGAGCCGUGUUUUGCAACCAUAAGCAAAGUCGUGCUACAAAUAUGGAAUUUAAGAUCAAUGCACAGCUCAGACACAGCAUAGUAGGGCUUCUUUUGUUCACCCAGAGAGGAAACAAAAUAGUUUAUGUUUUAAUAAACCUAAGAAAACCUGGACAGUAGCAAUAUACAGUGUAGUCACUUGGUUGCAGAUGCGUAGGAAUAGUUUAAGCUACUUUCUUCAGUAAUAUAUUUAACUAUGCUGUAAGGUGCAAUAUUGCCUUUAUAUAAACCAUAUAGAGGGUCGUGGUCACUUAGUUUUCUAAUGUGCAUCGGCAUUUUCUUUUCUCACAUUGUUUUCAACUACAGGCAAACUUUAAAUCGACGUGCAUCACCGAGAUCUUUGGUCCUAGAGAAUGCUUUUGCACUACAGCACCUCUCCCACAGGUUCCAUUUGACACGAUAUGAUGGGAUACAACAUGCGUUUUGUAUGUUUUACAACUGCGGGAAGUGAAUGACUGCCAGCCAUGAGAUUAAAAUGGUAUUACGUUAGUAUUUAAGCUUUAUUUUUAGAACUGCUCUCAGAAAAAAAACAACACAAAUUGAUUUUGAAGUCCCAAGUGGAGCGUUUUAAAUGACACCCAGAACACGUCAGCAAUACGCCUCGGAUUAAGACAAUCAGCUGCUCUAAUUAACAUCAGAAAACCUAACGUCAGAUGUAAAGCGUUGCACUGAGUACUGCAAGAAAGCGGUCAGUACAUUAAGAAAUACGUUGUGUAGGUUGAUAGUAAAGUGGUAUCAGUAACUAGAUUAGGAUUUUGUCUCAUAGUCAUUGUUAAUCUUUAGUUCUCUGUAUUUUUCCUCAUUUUUUUGUUAUUUGACUCAUUCAUGUUCCCGUUUUGACAGCUAUUAGUAUUAUUACAGUAUAACUAAAUUUCUCAGGAAACCAGCUAGUACUCACUUAUUUUUCUUUGAGUUGAUUGCCUAUUUUUUAUUACACCUGAUAUAUUUUGUUUUGUAUUAAUUUAAACAGUUGUGAUAACAUUUUUAUAUGCAUUUGUAUACAUUCUUUUUCUAGUUUGGUGUAUUUAAUAUUGACUGCUGGUUUAAAAAACAAAAUGUGUUUUUAAAAGAGAAACCACUCGGUUAAACCUUGAUUCUGUGUUUGUUUUUUUCUGUCAUUGACCAUGUGUUAAUUGAGCUGUAACACGUCAGAGUUGUGUUUUUCAUUGUGAGUAGCACUGGUGAAGUGUGAGUGUGUUUAGUGUUUUGUAUGUUUGCAUGAUGGGACUUUUCUCACAUCCCUGAUUUCCCAUGUUUGUCCUCCUUAGAAAUCAUUAUUUUGAGUACAAAGUCAUUUUCAUUGUUCCCAUGAUCAUUUACAAUCAUAGGUGAUAAACACAUUAGGUUUUGUGGAGUGUUUUGUUUGCCAAAAAAAAAAAAAGGUAUUUUUCCUGAAAGUGAAAAUCGUCAAUGCAACAGUACUGACAUGAACCAUGCAACAGUGAGUGAGCAUCCCGUUCCAACACGUGUCUCAUCCUCUCUUGUACACCGUCCUCUAGGGUAAGAAAAUAAAAUAAAAGUGGUUGACAAAA